UAAUAAGUAAAGAAAUCAUGUGGGAAGCUAGCUUAGCUAAAGGCAACACAACAGUUAAUUCGGUUCAGGCCGGAAACUGCGACUCCGGUUUUUGCUGGCUUUUUAAUAGGACACGAGACAAGACCCUAAAUCUGGUGUCUUUAGUCCCACUUGUGCCUUUGGCCUCUAUUAAAUGGUCAACCAUUUUCUAUUAUAAGGUUUUAAAAUUAUUAUAUGUUAUUUUGUCGUAAUCCGAAGCGUGGGUCAAACAUAUUUUAUUUGGGAGUUUUAUUUAUUUUUUGUCGAAAUAGAAAAAUCCUGCAAUUAAACGUCACUAGAAUUAAGUAAAGUAGGGUCGCCAUUAGUAUAAUUAAAAUAAGGCUAUGAUGAAAUAGUUAUUACGAUUUAUACUUUUAAUAUGAAACUAUGUAUAUAUAAAUUAUCAUAUAUUAUGGUCGGUCCAGAUUCUCAUGACGGAAGAUGGGCAUGCAAGUUGUUACCUCUCUUCUUAUCUUAUUAGUUUUUAGAAAGUGUUUCCUAUUACUUUAGUGAAGACGCAUUUAAUGUACCAAAAAUAUGAAAACAAAUUGAGGAAAAAAACUUUCUUUGUUGGAAAAAAAUAUUCAAUUUAUUAUAUAUGGUCCCAACUGACGAAUAUAAACAUCUGUACAUAACAUUUUAAUAAACUACAGUUAAAUUCGAUAUAAAGUUUUUAAUCAAUAAAAUGCUUAAAAAUCAAGGCCCAUCUGUCAUCACCUCAGUGAAGAAAAGACAAUAACGCUUUAAGUUAUUCAAAAGCCUUUAAAAGCUAAAACGGCCCAUUAAUAAAUAUAGUAAGGCCCAUUUAAGAACCUGGCUUUCGUUGUCUUCUACAUCUGAAACAACAAAUCUUCUGAGAUUUCGCCGGAGUUAAAGAGAGAGAGAACGAUCCAGCGGCUGAGAUGUUCUUACGAGCAAUCGGACGGCCACUGUUGGCCAAAGCGAAGCAGACGACAGGGAUCGUCGGGCUUGACGUAGUACCGAACGCGAGGGCGGUGCUGAUCGAUCUCUACAGCAAAACCCUAAAGGAGAUCCAAGCGGUGCCGGAGGAUGAAGGAUACCGAAAAGCGGUGGAAUCGUUCACGCGCCACCGUCUCAAUGUGUGUAAAGAAGAGGAAGACUGGGAGGCGAUCGAGAAGCGUCUUGGCUGCGGUCAAGUAGAGGAGCUCAUCGAAGAGGCCCAAGAUGAGCUCACACUCAUUGCCAAAAUGAUCGAAUGGGACCCUUGGGGUGUUCCAGAUGACUACGAAUGCGAAGUAAUUGAGAACGAUGCGCCGAUUCCAAAGCACGUUCCUCAGCACCGACCUGGUCCUCUUCCUGAGGACUUCUACAGAACCCUUGAAGGUCUUCUUUCAGAGUCCAAAACAAAAAUCCCAGCUGCUAGCUCUGCUGAUCCACAGUUGGAGAAGUAACUUCCAGUUUUACUUUGUGUGUACUUCUUGUUCUCUUUUUUGGCUAGUGUUUGUUUCAGAGGCCAACUAAGAAAUUGCGUAAUAAUUUUGAAAACAAUAACAAUGUCACUCUUUUCAUAAAUGUUUUUUCUUUCUUCUCAAAAACCAAUGAUAAUACAAAUGAUGUGUCUUCCCCAUUGGAAUAACAUUUCCAUUCUUAAGGACA